UAAAUGUAAUGCAGCCAGCAGACCGCCAUAAACCAUGGUGAGAUAAGGUCAUAGCUGGUCAAUGAUUUACAGACUUUGGCCGUUUAGUCUGUUCAACUGACAGCAUGCAGCAGAACGUCAAGAUGCUUCGUCAGAGGAAUGGACUGUCCCUUCAGUCUCCACUCAGACCCCUCAGUGUUUUGAUUUUCCAUAUUCUCCUGACACACUCUUGUAGAGGUCAGUCUCAGUUGAUGGGUUCACCUCAGCCAAUAGUGGCAACAAUCGGUGAUGACAUCAUUUUACCAUGUCACCUGGAACCUGCAGUGGAUGUUGCUACCAAGACAUUGGAGUGGACGAGAUCUGGCCUGAGUUCUGUUUUUGCCUUUGUAUGGCGUGCUGGGCAGGACCUCAUAGAGAAUAAAGAUCCAUCCUACAAAGGAAGAACGUCUCUGUUCACUGAUGAACUGAAGAGAGGAAACAUUUCACUGAAGCUCUCUGAUGUGAGACCUUCUGAUGCAGGAAGAUACAGAUGCUUCAUUCCAAGACUGAAUAUAGACUCUUUUGUUGAGCUUGUUGUUGGUGCUGCGUCCUCACCUGUCAUCAGUUUAGCAGGGAUCGACAGAGACAAGGGGGGAGUGGUGUUACAGUGUGAGUCUGCAGGCUGGUAUCCAGAGCCUGAGGUGUUGUGGCUGGACGGUGAGGGAAAGCUCCUCUCUGCUGGACCUACAGAGACAGUCAGAGGUCCUGAUGACCUCUAUACUGUCAGCAGCAGAGUGACUGUGGAGAAGAGACACAGCAACAGCUUCACCUGUAGAGUCCAACAGAGGAACAUCAACCAGACCACAGAGACACACAUCCAGGUUCCAGAUGAUUUCUUCAAGGUCCAGUCCAGUUCUUCUUCCACCAUCACUGGUUUGGUUGUUAGUUUGGCUGUUUGCAUCCUGUUCAUUCUGUUACUUGUCUUUUUUGUGUGUAAACUGAGGAACAACAGAACCAAGACCAAGAGAAGCCCCUCAGAUGAACGUGAUACAGGAGGAAGGGAGAAUCCCUCUGGAGAAGAAAUGAAGCCUUUGAAGAGAAAAGAGGAAAAGAAGAGCAAACAUUGGUUAGUUUCCAGGCAGAAGUUCCAAGAGGAGCAGCAGAGGAGGGAGGAAGCUGAGAGACAAGUUCAGAGGAAGCAACAGGAGCUGCAGAAGAAGACACAAGAGCUCGGGAAAAAAACAGGCUGAAACCAUACAAGAGAUCCAACUGAGGGUCUGGGCCAUGGAUCUGAGAACGGCACAGAGUGAGCACGCUGCUCUAAUACAGAAGCUCUUAGGAUGGAAUGCUGAUGUGUUGUCUUUGUUCUGCAGCACAUUGACAUUUAAACACACAGUGAGACCAACCACAUGUUCCCCUCAUCAGACAGCAACACUGCGGACAACCAACAUAAACUCACAUCACACACUGUAAGAAGUAACAUUUAAUACUGAUCAUCAUCAUCAAGAAAUGAACAUAAAGAGAGUUAUAGUCUGUAAUGAUGCACGCUGAAACAAUACAUUUUACCAUAGUCCAGAAAAUUUGAAAAUGCAAGGCACAUUCUACAUAAAGCACAACACAACACACUCCUCCUCUGAAGAAACCAAAUACGUUUUGUAAGCACAAGGCAGCAGCACCUCAUUUAAUCGGAAGUCAAAAAUUACAAAUGUCAAAGAUUAAAAUGCCGAUUUUUUAUUUAUUGAAAAAAUAUUAUAUUAUAUUAUAUUAUAUAUAAUAUUUCGUAUUUUGCUUCACAUUGAAUUUGUAAAGCAUUACUUGACUUUUUAAUGCAAUAUAUAUAUAUAUAUAUAUAUAUAUAUAUUUUUUUUUUUUUUUACAAAGGAUCCACUCUCAGUUUAUCAGUAAGAACUUAAACAUUUAGCUCUGAAAUUCCCCAAACUCAGAAUUAUAUCAAUGUGUAGUUCCCCCAACCUAAAGGCACUUUUAGGUGUGGGACACGCAAACACUGCCACAAUAUGAAAAGAGACAAUGCCUUCCUUGAUGUUUUCAGUCAAAAGACAUUUCAUUGCUGCAGUUUUGCUAAUUGUAACACUACAUAUGUUGUCUAUCGACUGGAGUGUGAAUGUGGCUGCUUCUAUGUUGGCCGCACAUAAAAGAAAGCUCAAAGAAAGACUGGCUGAACACAAAUACGCCAUACGAACUCAAAACCCAAACUACCCUACGGCCCAACAUUACAAAACUGCUGGUCACACCAGUCCUGACACUUUAAAAUGCAUGGCCAUUGAGGUAGUCCCCAGUAGCCUGAGAGGAGGGGACUUUUUGGAUUUACACAUUGAAGGCCACUGCUCAUCCUGGUCUCAAUGAAGAGACAGACUUUUCUCCCUUCUUGUAAUAUUGCUGGUAAUAAUUGUUUUCUGUUACAGGUAUUAAUAUGUUUAACUAUAUGGACUACUCAAUAUAUUUAAAGUGACAGGAAUUAUUUGUUUAUUUGCAGGGUCACAUGGAUCAUUCAGUCACUGUAGUCUUUGUUAUGAAAUGUUCAGUCUAAAUAUUUCAUAUAUCAUCAUUUUGAAUUUGCAGUCCGACUGUCAUUUUGUCUCCCUUAAUUUAGUCUCUCUGCCCUUUUUUGGCACUGAGUAUAUUUUGUGGGUUUUCUUGACGUACCAAUGGCCUUUUACAUAUGUAGUGUGCUGACUGUCUUGUGAUAGUUGUCUAUAUACACUCUGUUUGACAACCCUUUUGUGAUGUUUUAACUUUGUUGUUGUACUUUUCCUGCCUGUCUCUACUUGUGGGCGUAUUUUGAACGGCUGGUCACAGGUUCCUUUGAUGCUGCUAUUAAUACGUUUCUGCAUCAAUGUCUUGUCAUCCUUUGUUGUUGAAAUCUGACAGUCACAUGUGUAUAAAUUGUGUAUUUGUAUUUUUCAUUAUUCUGACGACGCUGUGAUUCACACAAUUGUUGUCAUUUAUAUGUUUAUUUACUUAUUUUCUUUCUGUUUUCAGCAUAGGCUGUUUGAUCUGUCACAUGAUCCUGUCACAUGAUCUUUCACACGUUCCUAAAGUGAUUUAAACACCUGUUUGUAAUUUGACUGGUUCAUAUCCUGAUGAAGACUCGUUGAGUCGAAACACGUUGAUAUCCCUGUGCUUAUUAAAGGAUUUUUAGUAUUACCCCGGAGUGCCUCAGACUUUUCAGUUUGGACUGCAUUUUUGAACAUCUUUUGAAACUUUCAGUUAACAAUCAGGACAGUCCUACUGUUUUUAUUUUUAUUUCAAUGUGUGCUGUAGAAAAAUGACUCCGCUGAGGUUCAUGUAAGUUUCAUUUUUUUUUUCUUGCAUUGAAUAACUCCACUUAUGAAACCUUACACUGUAAAAAAAAAGAAAAAAACAGCAACAACAACCAAAACAAAACGAACAAAAACAAACAAACAAAAAAAGAAAGAUGUAACACUAAUGUAACUUUGAUAACAUCGUAUCACUGUUGUCAUGUUUCUACAGCAAAAUAAUCAGAGCUGAAGAGAUUCUUGUUAUUAUGUGUUUUGUAUCUAAUGUUUACUGCUAAUUUACAUAUCUUUACUCUGCUUAUGUGUGUGAGUGUGUGUCGCAGAGAGAUCAAUAGCUUUAUGUUGGUGCUCAUAAACAUAUCAAGAUUCAAAGUUAUUUCUUAUUUGUCCUGUAAGAUUAUGCUUUAAAAAUAACAUAGCUGUUGUGUGAUAUGAUGUGAAUUGUAUAUCUCUUUUUUUAUUUGCUGUGCUUCAAAAUAUGGUUGAAUUAAACUGUUUCAACAUUC